AUCGACAACACCCCUCUUCGAGAACGUUCAACUUCUCUACACCAAGAUCGCGCUUCCAAUGUAUCUGCUGACCUCUUGAUCAACUUGAUACUCCUGGUUUCUCUUGUACGGAUAGGCACAAGCUGUUGUCUGCGCGACCCCUCCUAAUACAAACCCAACGCGUGAAAAGUCAAGAUGGGCAAACUAAUCCGCCUGGAACUCUUCAAUUUCAAGUCAUACAAGGGACAUCAUACUCUUCUCUUCGGCGAUUCUUAUUUUACUUCCAUUAUUGGCCCCAAUGGCUCCGGAAAGUCCAAUUCCAUGGAUGCGAUUUCCUUCGUCUUGGGCAUCAAGUCGUCCCAUCUGCGAUCCGCCCACCUCAAAGAUCUUGUGUAUCGUGGACGAGUCUUGAAAACUUCGAAAAUCAACGACGAUGGAUCGGCAGCGGCACCUGCGACUAAUGGCCAUGCAAACGGAGAUGGAGAGGCCUCAGAGGAAGAAACGCAGUCGCAACGACCAGGACGAAACGAUCCUAAGAGCGCUUGGGUGAUGGCUGUUUAUGAAGACGAUGCUGGUGAUGAGCAGAAAUGGAAGCGCACAAUUACCAACCAAGGAUUCAGCGAAUAUCGCAUCAACGAUCGCGUUGUAACCGCACAACAGUAUAACGAGGCAUUAGAGUCUGAGAACAUUCUCAUCAAAGCUCGCAAUUUCCUGGUCUUUCAGGGUGAUGUGGAAGCAAUUGCGUCGCAAUCGCCCAAGGACCUCACUCGGCUUAUCGAACAAAUUUCUGGCAGUUUAGACUACAAGGCAGAAUACGAGCGCUUACAGGAAGAGGCAGAGCAAGCUGCAGAGAAUCAAAAUCACAAUCUUCAUCGGCGUCGUGCUAUGAACUCCGAGAUCAAACAAUACCAGGAGCAGAAGAAGGAAGCUGAGGCAUUCCAAGCCAAAGCGGACGAGCGUGACGAUGCUAUUGUUUCUCAUAUCUUGUGGAAGUUGUACCAUUUCCAACGCGUAAUGGACGAGUCAUCAGCCUCCAUUCAGGAGCAUCAAGACAAUCUGAAGGAGUAUCGCCGAGGUGUCGAGAAGUUUGAGAAGACCCUUGAAACUGCACGUCAGGAACAAUCCAAAGUGGGCAAGGAUGUAGCUCGUGUUGAACGUGGCAUCAAGAAGAAGGAAAAGGAAGUGGAAGCGAAGGAGAAUAGCCUCAUACCUAUCGAUGAGAAGGUCGACCUCACCAAUUUGGAAAUUGAGAAGCUUCGUAAGAAGAUCGACGCGGUGAUCAAAGAGCGUGAUGGACGACAAAAUGAUCUUCAGCAUACCAAGAAGUCGCUUGCUACUGUAGAGAAGGCGCAGAAGCAAUUCGAGAAGGAGCGUCAGGAGAGUUUGAAAAAGCAGGGCAAACAGCUUAGUGAUGCUGAUCGUAAAGAGUACAACACUUUAAGAUCUCAAGUCGUCACCAAGACCUCUGCCAACCAAGCCAAGCUGGACAAUCUUAUACGACAAACAAGAACAGACGAAGUCACAGUCAACAGUCUGAAAGGAAAGGUCGAGGCCUUCCAGUCUGCAGUUGAGAAGCUUGAAGAGGAGGUCAAGACGAUCAAUGAGCGAAAAGAGGCUACUAAGAUGUCUGUGAAAGAGAUUUCGAAGGAAAUCGAUGCGAAGAAGAAGGAAUUCAAUCACAUCCAAUCUGAGCGUGUCCGCAUUAACCAACUACACACUGAGAAAGAGGAAAAGCUUCAAGCUCUCAUGAGAACGAUCGCUGAAGCCGACAUGGGCCGGAGACAAAAUGACAAGGAGCAAAGAACCAAGGAGACCAUCGUUGCUCUCAAACGCCUGUAUCCUGGCGUUCGUGGCCGUGUUGGUGACCUUUGCAAGCCAAAGCAGAAGAAGUAUGAUGAAGCUAUCAUUACUGCGCUUGGUCGUGACUUCGACUCUGUCAUUGUUGAUAGCGAGAAGACUGGCCAAGUUUGUGUCCAGUAUCUGAAAGAUCAACGAUUUGCCCCAAUGACCUUCAUUCCUUUGGACAACAUCAAGGUCACAGCUCCUGAUGCUAAUCUCAAGAGCCUCUCCAAAGCACGACUCACUAUUGACACCGUCGACUUCGACUCGUCGCUGGAGCGAGCCAUGGCUUAUGCUUGUGGCAGUUCAAUUGUUUGUGACGACCUCGCAACUGCAAAGCACAUCUGUUACGAGAAGCACAUCCAAGUCAAGGCAGUCACGUUGGAAGGAUUCGUUAUUCACAAAGCCGGUCUAAUGACUGGUGGUCGAGGUCCGGAGAACAGAGGUACCAAGCGGAAAUUCGAAGACCACGACAUCGAACAGUUGAGGUCUCAGGCCGAGAAAUUCCGUGAACAGAUUGAAGCAUUACCCAAAGUCAAUCGUAGAGGUAGUGCUGAGGAAACUCUCCAGGCGGAAUUGACGGGACUGGAGCAACGUUUAGCCUACGUGAAGAGUGAGCUCGCUGCAUUCGAGCAGAACUUGGCAAGCAAGAAGAAAGAGCUAGCUUAUGAGCAGAAGCAGCUUAAGGACAUGCAACCAAAAUAUGAGGAGAAGCUAGCUGGCCUCGAGCGAAUUCGACAGACAGUCGCUGAAUUCGAACAAGCAGUUUCCAAGGUUCAAGACCAAGUCUUCUCUGACUUCUGCCAGAGACUAGGCUAUGCCGAUAUCCGAGCUUAUGAGGCACAACAAGGUCAUUUAGAGCAAGAAUAUGCGGAAAAGAACAACGCAUUCGAGGUUCAGAAACAGAAGUUGGAGCACCUGUCGAAAUGGCAAAACGGAGAAUACCAGGAUACUGAUGCUAGAGUCAAGCGAGCCGAAGCUCGAGUGGAGUCUCUUGAGCAAGAUAUACUGGGAUACAACUCUGAGAAGGAAGAACUGGAGAACGCUAUAGACAUUGACCGAGCCGCAGUCACGGAGUUGGAAGACGAGGUUCACAAAUUGAAGGAGAAGCUAGCAGCCAAAAACGAGAAGGUCAAUUCCGCAAAGAACGAUCUCCAGAAGCGAAGUAAGGAGAUUGACAAUCGGACGAAGGCAAUUGCAGCUCUCGAAACAGAGGCCCAGCGCAGUUCAGCAGGUAGAUAUGCUCUGCUGCGAAGGUGCAAACUCGAGCAGAUUGCCCUGCCUUUGAGUGAGGACUCAAGAAAACUCGAUAGUCUACCCAUCGACGAAAAUGUCAUACAGGCAGAUCCUGAUGCCAUGGAUGUCGAUGAAGGCGACGAAGCACCGCAAGAGCUCAUGAAAGACUAUGGCAUCCAAGUGAGCUUUGAGGGCCUAGAUGAUGAUUUGAAAAAUUCUGACGAGGAUGACAUCGAAGAACAGCUUCUGCAACGCAUCACGGACUUGGGCAACGAAUUGGAGAAGCUAAAUCCAAACAUGCGUGCUAUUGAUCGACUUGAUGGCGUAGAGGCUCGACUCAAAACAACUGAAAAGGAUUUUGAAGAUGCGAGAAAGGCAGCCAAGAAGGCUAAAGAUGAGUUCGUCGAUGUUAAAGAGAAGCGUUUCGACCUGUUCAACAAGGCUUUCACCCAUAUCUCGGAACAAAUUUCCCACGUCUACAAGGACUUGACAAGAUCUUCAGCAUUCCCACUUGGUGGUCAGGCUUAUCUCGACAUCGAGGACAGCGAUGCACCCUACCUUUCAGGCAUCAAGUACCAUGCAAUGCCUCCGCUCAAGCGUUUCCGAGACAUGGAGCACUUGUCUGGAGGCGAGAAGACAAUGGCUGCUCUUGCUCUUCUUUUUGCGGUACAUUCGUACCAGCCAAGUCCCUUCUUUGUCCUGGAUGAAGUCGAUGCUGCACUUGACAAUGCGAACGUUGAGAAGAUCAAGAACUAUAUUCGAGAACACGCUGGUCCAGGCAUGCAAUUCAUUGUCAUCAGUCUCAAGACCGGUCUAUUCCAGGGUAGUGAGAGUCUGGUGGGUGUUUUCCGUGACCAGGAGGCUAAUAGUUCGAAGACUUUGACGCUUGAU